UAUUCAACGAACUGGGAGCAUUUGUUAAAAGCCAAAACCAUUCUUCUGUUUACAGCAGCUUUUAGUCACCUAUCGCUCGUCGUUGCUUCUAUAUUCGUAUUUCCAAAUCUCUCUUCUGCUUCCUGCUACUCUUUUGAACCCUGUGACUGAUCGUCUGUUGCGUUGAUCAUAUGUAUGUAUUCUCUCUGCUAAUGUUUGGGACGCAAUAGUUGCUUUUUGUAUGGUUUCUUUUUAAAACCUCUGCUGCUACUCUUAGAAUCUGGUCACUAAUAUCCGAAGUAUUCUGUUAAAAUAUUUUUUUUAUUUUUAUCUGGACACUAAUUCUUCUUAGAAAGACUGGUAUCCUUGUGACUUUAGAGUUACCCUCUGGACCAUUUUGAUGACAUAUUCCAUACAGUGACAGUAUAUUUUCAGAUACCUGAGUUGCUAUGAAAUCACUGCAGUAUUUGAUCUUAGCGCUUCUGGGCUGCAAUUACAAGGUUGUUGCAAACGCGUGUUCUGAACAUCAGUACUCGAAAGACACCAGAUGUUGUGACCAGUGUCCGCCUGGACAUAAAGUAGGCAAAGACUGUGACGAGCAGAACAAUACCAUCUGUUUGCCAUGUGAUGUGGGGGAAUUUCAAAAUAAAUGGAACUCGGAAGCCAGCUGCCAUCAACACAACUACUGUGACAAUAAUGCCGGCCUUGAACUGGAGAGUGCGGGGACCAAUGUCAUGGAUGUGCAGUGCAGGUGUCAGAACGGCAGGCAUUGCUCCAGACAGUCAUGCGAAACGUGCGUUCAAAACAAGGCUUGCGACCUUGGAGAAGGAGUCAUACAGAAAGCUUAUAUGCAUUUUGAUACUCAAUGCUCACCCUGCCCACAUGGGAAAUUCUCCAGUGUAAAGUCAGACACCGAGGAAUGUCAAUCAUGGACUAGUUGUAACUCUACUCAUAUCGAAGACGGACCUGGAACCAAUGUCAGUGAUGUGAAAUGUAAGUCCAAGCCCCAAAAUGGAGCUGCAAUUUACAUACCUCUUGUACUCUUCCUGCUGUUUGCUGUACUAGCCAUCUUUGUUUAUUUAUGGUACCGUCGGAAGAACAAGAAUGCGAACCACAGAGAAGUUGAAAAGAACGACGCAGAAGAUGGCAAACCACUUACAGAAAUACCUCAUAAGAACAUCCCUGAAGAGGUCCUAGACCUUGACCAGCUGGUGGACACCACGAUACAGGGGCUGCCGGUAGCACAGGAGCAAGGGAAGGAUUGCCAUAUGUCACAGGAAGAAAAGAGACAACCACAGCAGGCAUGUUAUGCAUGAAAGCAUUUUGCAAAAUAAAGACUUUGGAUGUACAUUCAUGGAUGAAAUCUAAGCAAGAAAAAAAUAUUUUCAAAGACAACCCGCAUUUACGCAACCAAGUUAUAUGCAGGUAUCUAAGUUACGAUCAUGUUACUAAUCCUGUAAAUCUGGGUAGGCAACCUUCGCCACUCCAUAUGUUUUGGAUGACAUCUCCCAUGAUGCUUUGCCAUUACUAUUGGAGAUGUAGUCCACGCCAUCCGGAGUGCCGAAGGUUGCCUACCCCUGCUGUAAGUGAUAUACAGGACCACCAUGCCAAAUGUAUUUAUCGAUAGUAUUCUGUAAUCUCCAUUGUGUGAAUUAAUAUAUUGUUAAAACAAGUUACAACUGUGUUUUCUGACUGUAACUAUUCAUUGA